AGAGGGGCUGAUCUUGAGAGCGUUGAGAUCGACCCGAUGGAUGGAAAAUCCCGGCCAUCUAAACGCAUCACCUCCAUAAAGGAUGAUGGGCACAAACCUGGCGGCUUGCUACCAAUGAUGAGCCGUACAUCUAGUAAGGCACCAUCUAUUCGGAAGAGGGCACCGCCACCGAGUAGUGGCCCACCUAAGAUGGGCCGGACAACGUCAAGUGCUGCCAAAGGGCUUAACAGCUUGCGGUUUCUUGAUAGAACCGUGACAGGAAAAGAAGGGGAUGCUUGGAGAGCAAUUGAGAGACGUUUCCAACAAUUUGCGGUUGACGGGAAGCUGCCUAGAGAUAAAUUUGGAAUUUGUGUUGGAAUGGGAGAUAGUAUUGAGUUUGCAGGUGAGUUAUAUGAUGCCAUGGCUAGGCGCAGGAAUAUAAAUGCCGAAGAUGGGCUUACCAGAGAACAAGUGAAAGAUUUUUGGGAAGAAAUGACCAAGAAAGACCUUGAUGCCCGGCUCAGUAUCUUCUUCGACAUGUGUGACAAGAAUGGAGAUGGUAUAUUAUCCGAGGAAGAGGUGAAAGAGGUACUUAUAAUGAGUGCUUCCGCUAACAAGCUUUCGAAUUUCAAGAACCAAGCCGGAACGUAUGCAGCUCUCAUCAUGGAUGAGCUCGACCCUGACCACCGGGGCUACAUUGAGAUGUGGCAACUUGAAAUCUUACUAACAGGCAUGGUACUAAAGACCAAUGGUGAUCAGACAAACCCAAAAUCAAAGAAUAAUACUAAAAAGAAUCAAGAUACAACUAAUCUAGCAUUGUCGAUGAUCCCACAAGAGUAUCGUAACCCUGUUAGCAGACGCAUAAACGAAGGGCUUGAAUUUUUACAAGAUAACUGGAAAAGACUAUGGGUAGUAACCGUCUUCAUCUUGAUUAACGCCUUACUUUUCGCAUGGAAAUUCCAUCAGUAUACUCUGUUACCAACGUUCCAAGUGAUGGGCUAUUGUGUAUGUUUGGCCAAGGCAGCCGGCGAGACUUUAAAGCUUAACAUGGCUCUUGUUCUGCUUCCGGUUUGCAGAAAAACACUAACUGGUUUAAGAGAAACAUGGCUAGGCAAACUUUUACCAUUUGAUGAUAAUAUCAACUUCCAUAAACUUAUCGCGGGUGCAAUUGUGAUUGGAACUAUAAUUCAUACCGUUGCUCAUAUGGCUUGUAACUUUGUAAGGAUUAGCAGUUGUCCGCCAGACACUUUUGAACGUAUUUAUGGAAAUUUGCUACCGGCACAGCCAUCCUACACGGAUCUAUUACUAACAGUACCAGGAUUUACGGGCAUAAUCAUGGAUAUAUUGAUGUUCUUUUGUUUUCUACUAGCAACACAUGCAUUUAGGAGAAAUGUGAUUAAUUUGCCAUGGCCAUUAAAUCAUUUAGCCGGUUUUACUUCCUUUUGGUAUGCUCAUCAUCUUCUGAUUAUCGUGUACAUCUUGUUGAUCCUUCAUGGUUACUUCCUAGUCUUCGCCACUUUUUGGUACAGAAAAACAACAUGGAUGUAUCUUGUGGUCCCAAUGUUAUGUUACGCAACCGAAAGAGUUCUUACUUCCUAUGAUCAUAACUACAGGGUUAAUAUCGUGAAGGCUAUUAUUUACACGGGGAACGUGCUAGCGCUCUAUAUGAGCAAACCUAAUGGAUUCAGAUACAAGAGUGGGAUGUACCUAUUCGUUAAAUGUCCAACUAUAUCAGGUUUUGAAUGGCAUCCAUUUUCUAUAACUUCUGCACCUGGAGAUGACUAUUUAAGUGUACAUAUUCGUACGUUGGGAGACUGGACAACAGCCCUUAAAAAUGAAUUCGAAAAGGCCUGUGAGCCUCCACCACAAAAACCUCAAGUCGGUGCUUCUGCUUCACGAGCUGUUAGAGGAAACCUCGUCAGAUUAGAAACUAAAGCAAAUGUUAACGUUCCUGUAGAGGAAGCACAAGCCAUAUAUCCUAAAAUCAUAAUCAAAGGACCAUAUGGAGCACCAGCUCAAGAUUACAGGAAAUAUGACAUUCUAUUACUAAUUGGUUUGGGAAUUGGAGCAACUCCAUUCAUUAGCAUUCUCAAAGAUCUCCUAAACCACCAAAGAGAAGCAGGUGUUGAAGUAAAAGUUCCGGAUCGAGCCUACUUCUAUUGGGUGACAAGAGAACAGGGAUCAUUUGAAUGGUUCAAGGGAGUUAUGGAUGAUAUCGCAGAGUAUGAUAAAAAUAAUAUAAUUGAAAUGCAUACCUACUUAACAUGUGUUCAUGAAGAAGGGGAUGCACGGUCUGCACUGAUCGCAAUGGUGCAGUCUCUGCAACAUGCCAAAAACGGAGUUGAUGUUGUCUCUCAAAGUCGGAUAAGAACACAUUUCUCAAGACCUAACUGGAAGAGGGUAUUCUCUACUUUGGCAACCAACCAUGAUUCAGCAACAGUUGGUGUUUUCUAUUGUGGAAGCCAAACGCUCGUCAAGUCACUAGAAAGUCUUGCCAAAGAAUUUACAGUAGAAACCGACACUCGCUUUGAUUUCCACAAGGAGAACUUCUAAUG